UUUCCCUAUCCUUCAUCUUCGUCAUCUUUCCUCCUAGCCAACGCCGGACGGAGAUUGGCAGCAUGGAGACUGUGAUAGCUACGAAGGUUGUGGAAUUCGCUUUUAAUUCCAUCGCAGGAAAGCUAGAGAAGAUGCUAGAGGAAGAAGUUGCGUUGCUGGCCGGAGUCGAAGAUGAAGUCCGGGACAUAGUCGCUGAGCUCAAAACCAUCAACUCUUUCUUGACGGACAUGUCCACCAGGCGGAAUUUGGAUGAUCGACAGCAGAACUGGGUGCAGGAAGUGAGGGAGGUGGCCUACGAUGCCGAAGACUUGAUUGAUGAGUUCGAGUGCCGUCUCCGAUCGAUACCCUACGAGGAGCGCGGAGUCAAAGGUCUUUUCAUGCGCUUCUGUCGCUGCCUAAAGUCAUUGAAAAUUCGCCAUGGAGUCGCAUCAGAGCUCCAGAAAUUGAAGGUUGAAGUAGAAGAGAUUAGAAAGAGGCAUGAUCGCUAUUCCCACCCAAAUGAAUCUCUUACAAGCCUUGCCACCGUUACCUGCUUGGACAUGGCCGAUAGAUAUUCUGAUCCACGGAUCAUCGGCCAUUUUGUAGAGGAAGCUGAACUCGUGGGCAUCGUAGAGAGUAGAGAAAAGAUCAUCGAGUGGACCUUCAAGUGGACUGAGGACACCUACGACGAAUGUCGCAAGCUUACAGUGAUUUCUCUCGUAGGCUUCGGUGGUUUAGGAAAGACAACUUUGGCUAAGACAGUAUAUGACGAUCCUAGAAUCAGAGGCUUCUUCAGAUAUCGAAUUUGGAUAGUCGUGUCACAACAAUACAACAUCAAAGAGCUCCUCAAACAGAUUAUUCGAAAUGUUUCAAAAGAUAGCGGUUGGACGACAGACCUGGACAACAUGGACGAGUCGCAACUGGUGCAGACAGCCAGAGACCAUCUCCAUGGAUAUCCGUAUUUUCUUGUUUUUGAUGAUGUCUGGAGAAAUGAUACAUGGAAAAGCCUGAGCAUUGCAUUGCCAGACGAUUAUAACGGAAGUAGGGUAAUAGUGACCACUCGCAGCGAGGAAGUGGCAAAUAUAAGUUGUUCUCGUGAUCGUCGAUUUAUAUUUAAAGUCUCUCCUUUAUCACCCGAGCAAUCUUGGGAGUUAUUCUGUAGAAAAGUAUUUGAAGCACCAGACUAUAAUUGCCCUCCAGACUUAGAAAAUGUUGGCCGAGAAAUCGUGCAAAAGUGCAAUGGACUGCCACUUGCGAUUGUGACAGUAGGAGGUCUCCUGGCUUCCAAGUCUAAUAAAAACCAUGAGGAAUGGAAAAACUCGCGCGACCACCUUCGUUUGGAGAUCGAGCAUAUACUAGGUUUGAGUUACAAUGACUUGUCUUACGAUCUCAAGCCUUGCUUCUUGUUCUUAGGCACCUACCCUAAGAAUUAUGAGAUUCCUCGGAAGCACCUGAUGAGACGAUGGAUUGCUGAAGGGAUUGUGAGUGGAGUAGGUGGCUUACUCGCUGAGGAAGAGGCCGAGCGCCUCUUCUACGAGUUGGUGAGUCGUAACUUGGUGCAGCCAUCACAAUUUGAUGAUAGUGGGACAGUGAAAUCCUGUCGCGUGCAUGAGGAGAUGCUCAAUGUCAUAAUCUCGAUAUCAAGGAAGGAGAACUUUGCGGUGCAACUAAAGGAGCACCCCACGAAUCCGCCACAACAUCAGAAGAUAAGGCGCUUAUCAUGGCAUGAUGGAAACAGUGGACUAGUGCCCAACACUGAUCUGUCCCACCUCCGAUCCUUCACUGCAUUUGGUGACGAUAUACCACUGAAAGAUUAUAGAAAGCAAAGGCUGCUGAGGGCAAUUGUCCUGGAAGGAUGUCGAAACUCGCUUCAUCUUCACCCCAAGAGCUUUUCCAAGUUAUUUCUUCUCAAGUACUUGUCUCUAAGAGAUUCUCGUAUCUCAGCGUUGCCAGACUCAAUAGGAGCUUUGCAGAAUCUAGAGUUUUUGGAUAUAAGAGGAACUGAUAUUGAAGAACUACCCAAUUCCAUCAUCAAACUCCAAAAACUGACACAUCUGCUUUCUGGUUCUCUUAAGGUAUACAACCUUCUAACCUCAGAGGGAUUCAAAAGAUUGAAGGUCCCGAAAGGAAUAAGAAAGUUGAAAAAACUUCGCACGCUUGGAAUGGCAUGUGCUGAUAACGUGCGGUUGCUACGGGAGAUCGGUGAGCUUGUCGAGCUCAAGAAGCUUGCCAUCUGUUUUGGCAUUGAUGAUCUAUCAAGCAGAAUGAUGGAGGAGAUUAACGCCCUGCUCUUUAAGCUCAAUCGCAGCCUUCAAUCACUAACAAUUUUGCAUUUUGCAGAGGGCAGUAUAAAAGAGGCACUCGAUGAGGUAGCUUCGCCACCAUUGCUGCUCUGCAAGCUCCAGAUAAAUGCCCUACUUGCCGGAUUGCCUGCUUGGUUUGCAUCUCUGGAGAAGGUUGUCGAGAUAACUCUGUCCAACACACAACUGCAGCUCCAAGAUCUGCAGGUCUUGAGAAAUCUCCACACUCUGGUCAAGCUGUUCCUAGGAUCUGGGUCAUUCGACGAUAAUGGUGAGGAUUUGGUCUUUGAUCAUGUAGGGUUCACACAUCUCAAAUUCCUGACAAUUCAAUCGCAGAGUGUGAAUUUCGAAAAAGGUUCAGUCCAAAGGCUCGAAAUUCUUAAAAUGAUUUCUUUCACUGGAUAUAGCGUCAAUGGCAUAGAAUAUCUACAUGGGCUAAAAGAGGUUCACAUUCAUACUGAGAAUGGAGAUAUAAUGAAGAUGGUCAAAAAUAUUGCAGCAAAUCAUUCAAAUCAUCCCAAAUGUUUUGCAAUAACAACAGACCCGUUGGCUAAAGGCAUAUGAUUUGACUCAAAGGAAGCAGAGCUUUCUGUCAAUGCAAAGAUGAAGUUAUUAAAAGAUCUGGUGUGGUGUGUAUUCUAUUGUGCUUAAUUCUCAAACUUGUUUUCCUAUUUAAAUUAUCCUUUGUUAAUCUCU